UGGCGCAGCGGAGAAGGCUUGUUUUGUUGCCCGGCUGAGAGGUCGCCGGGACCAAGCCGCUGCGCUGCGCUGCGCUCCGGAGGGAUGGAGGCUGUUCUGCGGCGGGAGCUGGGCACGUCGGUGCUGCGGCCCGCCGGCCACUCGGGGGGCGGCUGCAUCAGCCACGGCGAGAGCUUCCACACGGAUCAAGGCCGCGUCUAUGUGAAAAGCAACUCCCGCGCCGAGGCUAGAAGAAUGUUUGAUGGAGAAAUGGCAAGUUUAACAGCUAUCUUACAAACCCAGACAGUGAAAGUUCCUAAACCUAUAAAAGUUAUUGAUUUGCCAGAGGGUGGUGCUAUGUUUGUGAUGGAGCAUUUGGACAUGAGAAGUUUGAACAGGCAUGCAGAAAAACUUGGGACACAACUAGCUGAUCUUCAUCUUCACAAUCAAAAACUUGGGGAGAAGUUGAAGAAAGACGGAAGCACCAUUGGUAAAGUUGAAGAACAGUCAGAUGUUCAAUUUGUAGAAAAGUUUGGGUUCCAUGCGGUCACUUGUUGUGGUUAUCUUCCACAGGUGAAUGACUGGCAACAGGACUGGGUGACUUUCUUUGCCAGACAGCGAAUCCAGCCUCAAAUGGACAUGAUUGAAAAGAAUUCAGGAGAUAGGGAGGCAAGAGAGCUUUGGGCACAGCUACAGCUGAAGAUACCCAGUUUGUUUGGUGAUAUGGAGAUAAUUCCUGCUCUUUUACAUGGGGACCUGUGGGGAGGAAAUGUAGCGGAGGAUGAUUCAGGCCCUAUUAUCUUUGAUCCUGCAUCUUUCUACGGUCACUCUGAGUAUGAGUUAGCAAUUGCUGGGAUGUUCGGUGGCUUUAGUGGUUCUUUUUAUUCUGCCUACCACAAUAAAAUCCCCAAAGCCCCAGGUUUUGAGAAACGGCUCAAGUUAUACCAACUAUUCCACUACAUGAACCACUGGAAUCACUUUGGAGGAGGGUACCGAGGCUCCUCUAUAAAUAUAAUGAGAAACCUGGUGAAGUGACUUUCUGCAGUAACAUUUUAUUCUGUUGUUUCAGCUGCACUGAUAUAUAUGUGUUACAAUAGAUGCUGACCUUGCACCCUUUUUCCACAGCUAAAGUUCCUUUCUGUGCCUCAGGUUUAGAGUAGCAUCAUUGCAGUUUAUAUAAGAACUGAGGUAACCAGAUUCAUAUGGAAACAGGCAGUUGAGUGUUGCUGAAAACCUUUCGGUAUGCUAGACUGGAGAAAAUCUCUUGUGCAAAUAGUUUGGAAUAAUUGUUGCUACUCAAAACAACUCCUAAAAUUAAGCAGCAAAAAUCCUGGGACUUAGUUCAGGCCACAUAUUGCUAGUUGUUUCCAAGGAGAAUCAUUCACAAGGAAUUGACUGUCUCACUGAAUGGAAAGAUGCCUUUUCCUUCAUAAUGAUACAAAUGGUUGACAUUUUUGGGAUUAAUCUUGUAAUUAUUCUUGACUGGAUUACUCUGUCUUGCACUUCAGUAACAGACACCAAAGGAAUGUAGUAGUCCCAUCUUGUUUAAUUAGAAAAAUAUUCCAAUAGGAUUUAUUCCUGAGUACAGAAUUGUAGCAUAAGUUCUCAGCAAAUAUUCUAAGUAAGGCUGUAGAAUUUCACUCCAGCAGUGGGGUUAGGUCCAGAAUCACUUGUACAUAACACAGUUUGGUUACUAGGCCAGUGCAUUUAUAUUAAUGGCUGCAAGCAACAGAAAUGUGUGAGGAAAUGUUACAAAGAGAAGAAGGUUUCAGAGUCUAAUCAAAAGAGUAACUGAUCCAUUCAGAGUAGGCAAGGACCAUUUUCAACUGUUGAUAGGCAAGGUGAGAUUAAACAUAACAUCUCAUAUAAGAAAGUGCAGGAUGAAAUUUGAUAAGGAGAUCCAGUUAUAGGAGUAUAGCUGAACUGAUUAACAUCUGUAUGACGUUGGGGAAAGGCAAGGUAUUAGCAUUUAUAGCGAAUGAGAAAUCUGGCUUUGGAUUUCUGGGACUAGAUUGUAAUAACAUAUCUGGGGGGAAAAGUGUACUAAAAAGCUUUACUAUAAAUAUUAUCUGAACAUAUUUAAGAUGAUACGUUUGAGACAUGCGACAAGAGGAGCAAUUUUGUUCUUUCAGAUACUGGUUUCGGUGAUACUUCAUCCCCAAAUCACUAGGUAGGUGAAGAGACAUGAUUCCUGGAAUGCAUGCUUAUGUUGAAUUCAGAAUGCUUUCCACUGGUUUAAUUUAAUGUUACACUACAGCAUUUUCUGAAAGUUCUGAAUGUUGACAGUAUGAAUUGCAAACUAAUUUAUAAACAGAGUGAGUUACAAACUAACUUAGAAACUUCAGCAGUGUUUUUGCUUUUUUUUCCUGUCCUAAUUUCAGUAGUAGUAGCACUGGCUGUUAAUUGUGGAUUUGACAAAAUGCUCAGCUCAUGACAGUAGUUCAGUCUUUUCCUGCUGUUUAAAUAAAGC